AAGCCAUUGAGCGCUGACCUCAAACUGGGGCCAUGAAACUCCUAGCUAGGUGCUUUGGGCAUCCUCGGACGCCUUGGGUGUUCCUUCACCAAGCAAAGAGAUGUCUGGCUUCUUUGAUCCCCUCCUAUUACGAAGCGGUGAAUCGGGGUGACCAGGAAGUGCCCGAGUACUUCAACUUUGCAAGUGAUGUGGUGGACAAAUGGAUGCAAGAGGAAAAGGAUGGAAAGAGAGCUCACCACCCAGCCUUCUGGUGGGUCAACAGUCAGAACAAAGAGGUGAAGUGGAGCUUUAAGGAGCUAGCUUUCUUGUCCCGAAAAGCUGCCAAUGUCCUCUCUGGUCCAUGUGGCUUGCAAAGAAGGGACAAAGUUCUGAUCGUUAUGCCCCGCAUUCCAGAGUGGUGGCUACUCGUUCUGGCUUGUAUGCGAACAGGGAUUAUUUUUAUUCCUGGAACCCCUCAGUUAACAGCUAAAGACAUUUCCUAUAGAAUUCAAGUUUCCAAAGCCAAAGGCAUUGUUGUGGCCGAACAGUCUGUUGAUGCAGUGGAUUCAAUCAUAGCUGAAUGCAAAUUUCUGAAAACCAAGCUUGUUGUGUCCGAUAAAGGCAGAGCUGGCUGGCUGAAAUUCAGUGACUUAUUACAAGCAGCCUCUGGUGACCACGACUGUGUCAAGUCGCGAAGUGAAGAGUUAAUGCUGAUCUACUUUACGAGCGGAAGCACCGGGUCGCCCAAAAUGGUGGAGCAUUGCCACAGUUAUGGCAUUGGAUUUACAUCCAGCAGCAGGCACUGGAUGAAUCUAUCUUCUUCAACUGUGUUCUGGAAUACCUCAGAUCCAGGAUGGGUGAAAACAGCUUGGAGCAGCUUAUUUGGCCCAUGGAUCCAUGGGUCAUGUGUCUUUGUACAUCAUCUACCCCAGUUUGAACCAGCAGUCAUAUUAAAUACCCUGACGAAGUAUCCAAUCACAACUUUAUGCACCGCUCCUACUGCAUUUAGGAUGAUGGUUCAGCACAAUGCCACCAGGUACUUUUUUUGCCACAAAAUAUGA